CGACCUGAAAACGAAACAGCAAAUUUAAAGGCCAUUUUCACCCCCGGGAAAAAGAUCGGAACCGAAGGCUUGUCAAACUAAAAAAACACCAUGUCCAAGCCCUUACCAUUACCGAGCAUUCAUGCUACGAUAAGAACCAAAGCUUUGGUUGUGUCAUUUUCACGACAUCGAGCCAUGAGGAACCGACGAGGAAAACCGAGAUUAGUGAAAGAGCAAUCCGUGGCCAGAGAAUUUGACGAUAUUUCAGAUGAGGACGAAAUCUCUAGAUUGAAAGGCAAUGUCGCUUGUCCCGGACAUUUCCUCAAAUGUCUCCUCAAGCAGACUAAUUUGGACGAGAGCACGUUGCAUCUCCGGUAUUUGAAAUUCCGAAAGGUUAACCCAUCGGGCUUUAUGAGUCUACCGACUUUGAAAUCUCAAUGCAUAGACGUCAUGGAUGAUGCCAAGAAAGUUCCCUGGGUCAAUUUGGCAUUCGAGAUCCUGGCGCGGGACAAGCAAGGAUGGGGCACAAAGAUGAUUGGCUUCCGGGAAGUUCUCCUCAUGAGCGAAUCCUUGCAUCACCUUCAUCAAGCUCAACACUUCUUUCACUGGGUGUUUAGAAUGCAUGACACCAAUGCGGCAGGAGAAAUCCCCAUCUCGAUGUUCGGCCCAAUCUUGGAACAGCUGAUCGAUUUGAUGUCCAAUGAGCCGAUCUCAAAGUCUAGCUUGACCGAAAGCGCGACUAAUGUGCUCUCCACCAUGGUGGAGUUUCCUUAUCGGACGAAUUUGAUCACGGAAGACGAGUUUGUCUAUGACAUGCUUCACAAUCGGAGAGUGGGCACGCUCUUGCGCCAUUUUGUCAAAGCUAGAGUCAAAUAGUGAUUAACGGCUCGAAAACUUACCG